AUGUCUACUCCAGUCCCUUCUAACCACACUCAGCCUUCUGGUCCGUCUACUCAGCAUACCGAUCCUUCUGCCUCGACUUCGGAGGCGCAAUGGCUGGAGGAGGAUAGUACGCAUGUCGUCUUCAAGCAUUUCAAGGUUCCCAUCCGUCCCGACACAGUCGGGACUAUCCGCGUUUGCAAGUAUUGCUCCAAGGAGUUCAAGGGUGGUGCGUUCCGAUGUGCUCAGCAUCUCGCGAAAUGGAAGGGACAGCGCUCUCGCGACGUCCGCCUGUGCGCUAAGGUUCCGGCCGACGUGCGAGCGGCGGUGGCCGCGCACUACGAGAAGAAGGCGUCCAACCGCGACGAGAAACGGCGGGCCGAGGAUGCUGCGCUCAAUGCUGUCGUGGGAGGUGCGAAGAGAGGACGCAUCACCGACUUCAUCGGCGACGAGGCGCAGUGCAAGAAGGGCGAGGCGGACUACGCCGUCAGUUUGUUCUUCGCCGGCUGUCGCAUUCCCGAACACCACGCCGACAACCCGUUGUGGCGCAACAUGGUCAGGGCCAUUAACAACGCACCCCACGGUUACCUUGCGCCGCGACGGAACUACAUCGGAGGAGCUGGUCUGAAGCAGUGCCGCACGAGCAUCGAGAAGGGGCUUCAGCCAAUCGCCGCGAGCUGGAAGAGGGAUGGCGUCACCGUCUCCUCCGACUUGAUGACCGAUCGGUGCGGGAGGCCGCAGGCGAACGUCAUGCUGGUCAACGAUUCAGGAGCGGUGUUCGUGGAGGCUAUCGACUGCAACAUGGAGUCCAAGACCGGCGGCUACAUCGCGUCGCUCCUCCGCCCCAUCAUCGAGAAAGUGGGGCCCCAAAACGUGGUCGCACUUUGCAUGGACGGCGGAUCCAACUACGGUGCCGCCUGCAAGGAGCUGAUGGCGGAUUGGCCCCACAUCGAGUACGUGCCGUGCGCUACGCACGUACUCGACCUCCUGUUGGAGGACGUGGGCAAGAUCACGUGGUGCAAGGACAUUGUGGAUCAGUGCGGGGACAUGACCACCUACGUGCGCAACCACCAUUUCACCCGCAACUACCUGAGGAGUAAGAAGGUGAAGGGAGGAAAGGGGAAGCAGCUUGUGAAGCCGGCGGGGACGAGGUUCGGCACCAACUACAUCGCCCUCUCCAGGCUCGUCGAGCUGCGGUCCACGCUGUCGCAGAUGGUGCUGAGCGAGGAGUUCGCCAACUAG